AUAGUUGAUCAGUGUCAAAAAGUGAGUCCAUCACUGAAAAAGCAGAUUCCUCAGAAAAUGGAUUCCAGCUCAAAAGCAACAAUAGUGGCGUGUCAAAUCGUAGAGGAGGUAUAAAAAUCAAUUAAAUAAAUAUGAUACCAACUUACCCAGUCCAACUUUCUAUCCCAAUCAACUCGUAAAUUUCUUACUAAUUGCCAUUAUCUUCAACUUCAAAUUGCUACACUUAAUUGUGUAGUUCUAUCAUUGCGGGACACAGUGUAGGGAGCAAAAGGAGACAAUGCACUAGACUUAAUUGUGUUGUAUUCGGUUCAUCUGUUCCUUUUUCUUUUAUCAUUUGGCUCCCCACUCUCUUUCCUCUUUUUAUUCCAAACAAAGUUUUUCCACACAAUUGAGAAAUGAUCUGAAAUUCCUUCUGCCUUUUACUUACUAAAAUUCAUACCAAGAUUGAGGACUCUUGUAAUCGAUCUAUUAUUGUCUCUCUAUUGUUGUCUUGGGAGAAAUUAAGAAGAUCUGAGAGAAUGGCUGAGAGUGUAGUAGCUUUUUUGCUCAAUCACUUGGACAUCUUCCUUCAACAAGAGUCGAGCCUCUUGGGAGGAAUAAGGGAAGAAGCUGAGUCCAUCAGAGAUGAAUUGGUGCGCAUGAGGGCUUUCCUCAGAGUAGCUGAUGAAAAACAAGAUAUUGACCCACAGCUCCAAGCAUGGGUUGACCAAGUUCGUGAUGUUGCCCAUGACACCGAAGAUGUGCUUGACGAAUUCAUGCUCCGCUUCUCACGUUAUCAUGGGGAUGGAUUCUAUGGUUUUCUUCGUAAGAUUUGUUGCUCUAUUAAGAACUUGAAAGCACGCCGUCGAAUUGCUUCUCGGAUACACAGAAUCAAGUGUAGAGUGAGUCAAAUUGCCGAGGGACAUCAAAACUACAGCACUGUCUCAGAGCAAGGCUCGACCUCCACCACUGUCAACAACACAUGGUAUGAUCGUCGAGGUGAUGCACUUCUACUGGAAGAGGCUGAGCUUGUGGGCAUGGAUGGGCGCAAGAAGCAGCUGAUUGGGUGGCUUGUGGAGGACAGUCCAAGACUCAAAGUCGUUUCGGUGGUGGGGAUGGGGGGUAUGGGAAAAACCACCCUAGUAAAGAAAGUCUAUGAUGAUAUGGAGGUGAAGAAUCAUUUCCAAUGCCAUGCUUGGAUCACUGUUUCUCAAUCAUUUAAUCUCAGAGAGCUUCUCCAAGAUGUAAUUCGGAAACUCUUCGAUGAAGCCAAGCAACAGGCCCCUCAAAGAUUGGAUACCAUGGACAGCAAUGACUUGAAAGCGGAAAUCAAAGAUUUCCUUCAACAGAGAAGGUACGUGCUUGUUUUAGAUGAUGUAUGGCAAAUACAUGCAUGGGAUGCUUUGAAAUAUGCAUUCCCUGACAACAAUAGUGGCAGCCGAAUACUGCUCACGACGCGCAUUGUUGAUGUCGCUUCUACGUCUUGUGUAGAAUCUCCUGAUCACAUCUAUACUAUGAAACCAUUGUCCCCAGAAGAGUCUUGGACUCUGUUCUGUAGGAAGACAUUCCAAGGUAACCACUGCCCUGAACUUUUAAAGGAACUCUCACGAAGUAUCUUACAAAAGUGUGAGGGCUUGCCACUUGCGGUUGUGGCAAUUAGUGGUGUUUUGGCUACCAAAGACAAAAGUAGAGUGGAUGAUUGGGAAUUAUUUUACCGCAGGCUUGGUGAUGCUCAGUUAGAAGUCCACGACAAACUUGAGAGCAUGAAAAAUAUACUCUCUCUGAGUUACUAUGAUUUGCCUUGCUAUCUAAAAAUAUGUUUUUUGUAUUUGGGUUUAUUCCCUGAGGAUUACGAGAUUGAGCGCAUGAGAUUGAUUCGACUGUGGAUCGCAGAAGGAUUUGUGAAAGAGGAAGGGCGAGUGACAAUGGAAGAAGUUGCUGAAGGCUAUCUCAAAGAGCUUAUUAAUAGAAGCUUGGUCCAAGUGGCAAAGAGAGAUAAUUUUGGAAGGCUCAAAGAGUGUCGUAUCCAUGACCUUUUCCGUGAAGUAAUUACUUCAAAGUCAAGAGAACAAAACAUUGCAGCCAUGGUAAGCAAAGAAAGCACAACGUGGCCCGAAAAAGUUCGGCGCCUGUCAAUUCAGUACACCUUGGGGAACUUGCAGCAGACAAAUCGUUUUCCUCAACUCCGUUCCUUGCUCAUGUUCUCGGUGGAAGAACCUAUAUCCAAGUCGUUGAAUCCUAUAUUAUUCAAUGGUGGGGUUAGGUUGUUAAGGGUUUUGGACCUGAGGGGUGCUUCUUUGAAGAUACUUCCAAAUGAAGUUGGCAAACUAUUUCAUCUCAGGUAUUUAAGCUUGAGGGGAACAGAGGUUGAAACGCUUCCGAAAUCCAUAGGUAAGCUUGAAAAUCUUGAAACUUUGGAUCUCAAAUACACUAAUGUAACUGAGUUGCCUGUUCAGAUUCUAAAGCUCCAACGUCUUCGUCAUCUCUUGGUGUACAACUACAACUUGGAUACAUAUGGCUUUAAAGCAAUAGUGGGAAUAGAAGGUUUGUCUUCCUUACAAAAACUCUGUUUUAUUGAAGCGAACCAUGAGAAUGGUAGAAUUGUAAUGGGAGAGCUAGGGAGACUGACCCAGUUGAGGAGAUUGGGGAUUACGGAGUUGAGAAGGGAGGAUGGGAAGGCUUUGUGCUCCUCUCUUGAAAAGCUGAGUAACCUUCAAUCAUUGGACAUAAGUUCUGUAGAACGGAUGGAGGGGAUUGUUGAUAUUCAACAAUUGUCUUCUCCUCCUGGGUCUCUUCAACGGCUCUAUUUGAGGGGACGUUUAGAAAAUUUGCCCCAUUGGAUAACUUCUCUUCAUAACCUGGUGAGAUUGCGGCUUUGGUAUAGCAAGUUAAGGGAUGAUCCAUUGCAAUCCCUUCAAGAUUUGCCCAAUCUGUUAGAAAUUGAACUUUUUAAGGCUUACCGAGGGGAGGAAAUGUGUAUCAAAUCGACAGGGUUUCAGAAGCUUAAGAUAUUAGAGCUUUACAGCUUAGAAGGAUUGAGGUGGGUGAGAAUGGAGAAGGGAUCGUUGCCUCAUCUUGAAAAGCUGACUAUUUGGAAAUGUGAGUUGUUGGAAGAGGUACCCACUGGCAUUCGACAUCUACUAAGUCGGUGAGAUGAUUAGUACUGAUCAGGUCACCUAAUAUUUGCUUUUAUUUUAUUUUUAUAGGAUAACUGAUUUGUUUUUUCUUUUGUUUUUCUUUUUCACUUUUUAAUAUAUUAUGUUAUUUUAUUUUUAUAGAAUAACUGAUUCGGGGUAUUCAGUUGGGAAGGAAAUUAUGUAGAGAGAGAAAUGGAGAAAGCUAGAGUCCUUGGAUAGUUGUUGAGAUCUUCACUAUCUAAUGUUUUGUUUUUAUUUUAUUUUUAUGGAUAACUGAUGUUGUUAUUAUUUUCUCCUUUUCAAGUAAUUAAGUUGUUGUAUAUUGUGUUA